UCUUCUCAUUCGAAUGUUAGUUCAUCCUGAAUGUCUAAGAAGGGCAUGUAUAAUUUCUGUUAUCUGAAUCUUUCUGUCAUCUGAUGCACAUACAGCUAUUUCUCUGAAUGAUCUGAAGCCACUGUUUCAUUUGCCAAACAAAGUUCAAAAGGCUAAAGUCAAUGGUUGUAGGGAUAUCCUUCUUUGUCCUAUUUUCAUCCACUCUGAGUCUAGCUUUUCUACUCUCAAAAUGGUUCUCAAAAGGUAAAACAAAAAAUGUUCCAAAAGGGUCUCUGGGGUACCCUAUCAUCGGAGAGACCCUUAGUUUUCUUAAAGCACAGAGACAAGACAAGGGUUCUGAAUGGUUGGAAGAACGGAUAUCUAAGUAUGGUCCUGUCUUCAAAACCUCCUUAAUGGGAUCCAUCACAGUGUUUGCAAUUGGACAAGCAGGAAACAAGUUUAUCCUUGGUUCACCAGAUGAUGUGCUUUCUGCUAAGAAACCCAUCACCCUGAAAAAGAUAUUUGGAAGACAAAGCUUAGUUGAACUCACAGGACACAGAUACAAGUUAGUGAAGGGGGAAAUGCUGAAAUUCUUGAAACCCGAAUGCCUUCAGAAGUAUGUAAAACAGAUGGAUGAAUUGGUGAAUGCUACAUUACUGAGAGAAGUGACAGAGAAAGAAACAGUGGGAGUUGUGGUGUUGAUGAAGAAACUGUCCUAUGAUUUAUCAUGCAAUAUAUUGUUUGACAUUAAGGAUGAGCAUACCAGGGAGGCUUUGUUUGUGGAUUUUACUUUAGCAUUUAAAGCAAUUCAUUCUCUUCCCAUCAAUUUCCCUGGUACCACAUUUUGGAGAGGCCAAAGAGCCAGGGCAAGAAUUGUUGACAGAAUGAUUCCUAUUAUGAACAAAAGAUGGGAGGAAGUGUCUAAAGGAGUCUUAAGUUCUACCAAUGACAUGAUUUCUGGCUUGCUUGCACUGAGGGAUGAAAAUGAUCAACCUCUACCACAUGAUUUAAUUACAGACAAUUUUAUAUUUUUACUUGUUGCUAGCCAUGACACAUCUGCCACUCUUAUGAGCUUGAUGAUAUGGAAGUUAUCUAGAGAUCCAGAAGUUUACAAAAAAGUUUUACAAGAACAAAUGGAAAUCAUAAAGCAAAGGGAAGGAACAGAAGAGAGACUAACAUGGGAAGAGAUUCAAAAGAUGAAAUACACAUGGAGACUGGCUCAGGAGCUGAUGAGGAUGAUCCCUCCCUUGUUUGGCAGCUUUAGGAAAGCACUUAAAGAUACUAGCUUUCAAGGAUAUGACAUACUAAAAGGGUGGCAGGUGUAUUGGGCAGCAUAUGGAACCCAUAUGAAGGAUGAUAUAUUUGAGAAUCCAGAGAAGUUUGAUCCAUCUCGUUUUGAGAAUCCAACAAAGCCAAUUCCACCUUAUUCUUACCUUCCAUUUGGUGCAGGGAUUCAUUACUGCAUAGGAAACGAGUUUGCCAGGAUUGAGACCUUGACAACCAUUCACAACUUUGUGAAACUGUUUGAAUGGUCUCAAGUAAACCCAGAGGAACCAAUUACCCGUCAACCAAUGCCAUAUCCAUCCUUGGGUCUCCCAAUUAAGAUCAAACCCAGAUCUAAUAUGCCUUGAUCCUCUUCUUAUACACUGCAUUCGUUUCUUAUUAUUGCUGUAAAUUAUUAUUUUAGUUAUCACUGUCA